CCGCCAGCCCGGCAGCGCCCGCGCCGCGCAUCCGGGGGUGCGGCGGGAACUACCGCUGGAGUAUCCGGGGCUGAGCGGGGAAAUACCGCUGGAGUAUCCGGGGCUGAGCGGGGAAAUACCGCUGGAGUAUCCGGGGCUGAGCGGGGAAAUACCACUGGAGCAUCCGGGGCUGAGGGGGGAACUACCGCUGGAGCAUCCGGGGGUGCGGCGGGAACUGCCGCUGGAGCAUCCGGGGCUGCGGGGGGAGCUACCGCGGGAGCGGCGGGAAGAACCGCUCCCCGCUGGAGCAUCCGGGGCUGCGGCGGGAACUACCGCUCCCGGGGACCCCGGCGCCCCACGGGGCGCAGCAUGGAGAGCCCCGCGGUGACCUUCACUCUGGCCUACCUGGUGUUCGCCGUGUGCUUCGUGUUCCCGCCCGACGAGGUGCGCUCGGCGGGGCUGACGGUGCAGAGCCUGCUGUCCGCCUGGCUGGGCAGCGAGGACGCGGCCUUCGUGCAGUACCACCUGCGGCGCAGCACCGGCACGCUGCUGGCGCACUCCCUGCUGCCCCUGGGUUAUUACCUUGGUAUGUGCUUUGCUGCACCUGAAAAACAUCUUUGUUUUUUCUACCUGGCUUCAAAAGAGUGGAAAACUUUCUUCUUCUUGGCCGUUCUCCUGCCAGCAAUCACCAGCGCCCUGGCAUAUUACUGGUCACGGAAAGGUUGGAACAAUCACCCGCUGGCCCGGACGCUCGCUGUUCACGCUCUCCCGCAGUCAGGUUGGAGGGCAGUAGCUUCUUCCAUCAACACAGAAUUUAGGAGAAUCGACAAAUUCGCCACCGGAGCGCCGGGAGCGAGGGUGAUUGUUACGGACACGUGGGUGAUUAAAGUCACCACCUACUGUUUACAUGUUGCCCAGCAGCAGGACAUUCACUUGACGGUGACAGACUCCAGGCAGCACGAACUCACCCCAGACUCCAACGUGCCUGUGCAGUUCCUCACCAUCCGAGUUGCCAGCGUUAAUCCCUACGUCAAGGCAUUUGAUAUCCGGUUGAACUCCACAGAGUAUGGGGAGCUCCGGGAGAAGCUCCGUGCUCCUAUCAGCAAUGCAGCUAAUGUUGUGAUCCAUCAAAGCCUUAGUGAUUUAUUUUUAGAAACCUUCACAUCUCUGGUGGAAAUAAACCAGACAUACCAUGUUCCAAGCACUCAGGAGCUGGAGCCAUGCAUAGGGUGCAUGCAGACCAUCGCCAACAUCAAGCUCAUCAAGAACUGCCAGGAGCCCAACGAGGGCGAGUGCCAGCAGUGCUACUGCCGGCCCAUGUGGUGCCUCACCUGCAUGGGCAAGUGGUUUGCCAGCAGGCAGGACCAGCAGCACCCAGAGACCUGGCUCUCCAGCCAAGUGCCUUGCCCGACUUGCCGAGCCAAAUUUUGCAUUCUAGAUGUUUGCCUAAUACGAUGAGUAGUAACUUGGGUAUGUUUUAACUUUUUUAAUUUGACUGUGUUUCGGAGUGGGUUUGGUUAAAGGCCUGCUAGGUCUGUUUCUGAGACUUCAUGUUCUACCAGGGUACAAACUCUAAAGGCUUCUUUUACAGUGUUGAAAACAGAUGUGAAUCUUUUCAGUUCCUUUCCACUUUUACCUGUGUCUGUGGAUUUUACUCACGUAAUGUCAGCUUCUGGAUUUUAAUUUUGUUUAAACUCCUGUUUUCCUUUCUUACAUUUUGGAUAGAAUAAGGUUAUCCUUCUAUAUUUGCAGUACUGUUGUUUUUUCAGGUUUUAACGUAGGUUAAAUUCUUCACAUUUUUAAAUUUAACUUGGGUUUUGAUUCUUUAAUAAAGGGCUAACUGAGAAAAUUGCUUUGGUUAGACUUCAUUGAUACUUUUGUUAUUCUUUAAUCCAGUUGUAAAGUUACUAUUAAUCUUUGCAGUUUUCUUCAAACAAGUGCAUUAGUUUCCUUCAGCUGGAAGGAGCUACUUCCACUACAUCUACUCACAAAGGGUUGAAGUAGGCUAAAAAAUGUAAUCCCUGAAGAUUUACAAGUCCUGUAUGGACCUUUUAUUCCAUUAAUUUGCCUCUAGCAUACCUUUUGAUGUCUUUAUUUCAAACAACAGAAGGAUUUUUUAACCCAUUUACCUACACUGCUAAUACAUGGUUAAAAUCUGUUGGUUUCCAGGAGCUACAUUACUUAGGGUUUCAAUGUUCUUUAGGUGAUGGGACUUUUUUGACAUAUGUUUGAAGAGAGUGCAGCAAACAUCCGAGCCUUAAUUUGUAAAUUAAAAUCACAAAUGAGUCUAAUAGAAAAAGGAAUACUUCAAAGCUUUGGUCUACUAGAAUAGAAGCUCUUAAUACCUCCCACCUGAAUAAUCCAAAGGAUCUUACCAGUAAAUCAUGGACAGAGGUGAUUGUAAUCAUGCCAGUGAUUACCUGACAACCUCUUGAUUACCAUGGUUGGAGCAGGAACGGGUGGCAGGAUGUAAAAAUGGUACAAGUGUUGAAAGCACAACCAUAAAACAUUUCUGGAGUCUCAGCUGAACUACAGGUGAGGAAUGCAACCCCCUGCACUUGCAGCCAGCCACAAAAUGGGUACAAAUGUGGCUGCAAGCAAGAAUUCAUAGAAGGGUAAGAAAUUGAAGACAGAUCUGACAGCACUGCUUGAAAAUGAACGUUUAACUGUUGGUGUUGGAUUUUAACUUUGGAAUUUAUAAAUAAUAUUCAUUUAUAAAAAUCCAAACUGGUUGAGUUUAAGAACAUUUAAGAACAGUGGCUUCUCUGUUUUCCAUUACCUGCUGUUUUGGAUUGUACAGAGUGAAAAUUUGACACUGAGACAGGUUGUGUGGAUUUAUCUCUCUUUCCCAAAGAGACCAUUAGUGGCAUGUCACUCUUCAUCUGCAUAGAAUUAAAUUCAGCUCUGGAGUUUCUGACAGAUUUGUUGGCAAGUCUGAAAACUAAUAAAAAAAUCUAGGAGCUGAUCAGCAAUUGACUUUAAAAUAUUUUCUAGUACUUCUGUGGGAAAGUUAUUUCCAUAUUUAAAAUGGUCUCUGCAGGAUUUUUUAACCUUUGGAAGCUUCUUACAGGGCCACGUGGUGUUGUCGGACAUGCACCUACCACUACACAGCAGCCUUUACAAAUAAUCAUUUUGUAACAUUUGCUUCUGUAAACUUUACAUAAUGUGGCACAGAUACAAGGGAUGUGGCCCUUGGAAUAGUUGCAGAAAAGAGGGAAGGGUUUUGGAGCUGUGGUUUUGCCAUCCCCAGUCAUUCAGCUCCUACAGCACUUUGCCUGUCCAGAAUAAAAAUAUUUAUUGUAAAGAAUGUGAAUUUAAAAUCAUAAAGGCCUUGAGAAUCUUAGAUGCAUGUAGUUGCAGAUGGUUUACAGACUAAAACCAGGUCAGUUGCCAAUAGUAUCUCACGUAAUAAAAGCUUUAAAUUCCUAAUUGCUCUUGCAGUGGAAUCUACUCUGAGUUGACUGGAAGUUUUCACUUCAGUGGAACUUUGCUUUUGUUCAUCCUACCUCUUUUGUCAGUAUAAAAGUACACCAGAGUAACAGUCAUCUUUUAAUGCUCUAUCCACACAAGUGCCUCUUAGAAAACUUAGUAAUAAUUACAAAAACAAAAUUAUUAUUUAUGUUAAUGAUAGUACCUGACUUAUAUUCCUUAAAACAAGUAGUUUUUCCCAAGUUUAAAUUCUCAAAGUAAUCUGACAUGCCUCCAACAUUUGUGAACUUCUUAAAGGCUGUUUAGAGGAACAAAUUGUUAAAAAUCCAUAUGAACAUGAAAAUAAUAGAGUACAAAAAUAGGCAUUUGUCUUUGUGAUAGCUUCAGCUUAUCAUCCAAAGAGCCACAUGUACAUACAGGGCCAUUUCUAGAGAACCUCUCUGUUUGCAGUAAAAAACACACCACUGCCUCCCACGCAAUCUUGAUACAUUUAAAUAUGAGGAUAGGGUUUAGAAUCAGUUUUCUUACAGCAUUUUGUAAAAAAAAAAAAGAUGACAAAGAAAAAAGAAAAACUAAGUAAUGCAAGCAGCUAAAACAUUUACUGAAAGAAUUUUCUUUUUUAUUAUUGUGUGUAAAUCCCUAAUAGUGUUCAGUUUUGCACUUCCAGCUGUGUGUAUGCUUUUCCACAUCACUGAUUUGUGGGUGGGCAGUGUUGGUAAUCUGAAGUAUCUUAUAUAACUGUGAUGUCAUUAAACUAAAGACAGUCUGUGGGGGGACUGUGUCAGUACAAAUACCCCAUGUGAGUGUGUCAUGUAUAGCCCAAAUUUCCUGGCAUACUACAGAUCAACAGAUCUUUCUCAAAACAUGGGUUGUGGCUAUAUUAUUUAUUUCCACAGUUGUAUUACUUCUGUAAUUGUAGUGUCCCAGAGCAUAUUGUGAAAAUAAGUUACCUUUUGUUUUUUUAGGUUAACAUAAUUUGUCAACCCAAAAAUUACUUUUUUUCCAAGGAGGAAAUAUUUUAAUCCAUUAUAUGAGUACAGUUUUUCUACUAUGAGAUUUGGCAUAGCUUGAAACCAAAAUACCAAGUUAUCAUGUGAUCUCUUCAAGUAUGAUUAUUUUUUUAUUGUGUUGAAACUGGACCAAGUUGCCCAGAGAAGUUGUGGCUGCCCCAUUCUUGGAAGUGGUAGAGGGAUUGAACAGGACUUUGAGCAACCUGGUCUAGUGGAAGGUUUCUCUGCCCACAGCAGAGGGUUGGGACUGGAUGAUCUUUAAGGUCCCUUCCAACUCAAACCUUUCUCUGAUAUUGUAAAAUUUGCUAGACUGCAGCUAAGCACCAUUCCAGUCAGGGCAAACCUCAGUAAGACUGAGGUUCUCAGUGUUAUUUUUAAAGAAAUAUUUGUUGACGUUGAGCUGUUUAAGGAGUUGAGAUACAAAUACUCAAGCUCUUACAUGGAUUACAAGACAUUUUCUUCCAAAGACAUAGUGCGGGAUUUCUUAUUUAUGGCAUUGGGGUUGGUGGUUUUUGUGGUUUUGUUUUGGGGUUUUUGUGUGGUUUUUUGUGGGGUUUUUUUGUGGGGUUUUUUUUGGGGUUUUUUUGGUUGGGUUUUUUUUGUGGGGUUUUUUUUUGGUUUUUUGUUUUGUUUUGUUUUGUUUUUUUGGUGUUUUGUUUUUUUGGGGUUUUUUUUUUGGUUUUGUUUUGGUUUGAUUUUUUUGUUUGUUUGGGUUUUUUUGUGUUUUUGUUUUGUUGUUGUUGUUGUUGUUUUUUGCUAGAUAGCUUACCUGUUUGAAAUGAACAGUAUUGUUUGAAUAGCCCUUAAGGAAAAGGCUUAAUGAAUACAUGCAAUUAAUCUUAAAACUCUCUGAAGAGCUCAAUAAAAAUACAGUUGAUUCUUUGUAA